ACCCUACUCAAUUCGGCGCGACGGCCUUCUUCUUCUUUACUCACUUGUCUAUGUACUUGUGGGGAGCAGUUUUGUAAUUAAGAUUCUCGCUCGGGUAGUAGUGAUAUGGAGAUCGAUUUGGGAGCUAACGCCUUCGGUAUCGACUUCCAUCCAUCGCAAAAUCUAGUGGCUGCUGGUCUCAUCGAUGGCCACUUGCAUCUAUACCGAUACGACUCAGAUUCUUCACUUGUCAGGGAACGUAAAGUUCGUGCACAUAAGGAGUCUUGCAGAGCUGUUCGUUUCAUUGAUGAUGGCCAAAGAGUUGUCACUGCUUCAGCUGAUUGCUCCAUUCUAGCUACUGAUGUGGAGACUGGUACUAGUGUUGCUCAUCUUGAGAAUGCUCACGAGGAUGCUAUUAAUACUUUGAUUAAUGUUACUGAGACAACUAUCGCUUCAGGAGAUGAUAAUGGCUGCGUUAAGGUUUGGGAUACGAGACAGCGCUCGUGCUCUCAUGAGUUUAAUGCACAUGAGGAUUACAUUAGUGACAUGACUUUUGCAUCUGAUUCAAUGAAACUAGUGGCAACAAGUGGAGAUGGGACUCUGUCCGUCUGUAAUCUCAGAACUAGUAAGCUCCAAUCUCAGUCUGAAUUUUCUGAAGAUGAACUACUUUCUGUUGUUAUAAUGAAGAAUGGCCGUAAAGUUAUCAGUGGAACUCAGAAUGGUAAUCUCUUGUUGUAUUCAUGGGGAUUUUUCAAGGAUUGCAGCGAUCGGUUUGUUGAUCUAUCUCCAAAUUCAGUUGAUACUCUAUUAAAGCUUGAUGAGGAUAGAGUUAUCACUGGAUGUGAUAAUGGAAUACUUAGCCUCGUUGGAAUACUGCCCAACAGAAUCAUACAGCCUAUUGGGGCUCACGACUUCCCUAUUGAAGAUCUCGCUCUCUCACAUGAUAACAAGUUUCUCGCUAGCACAGCUCAUGAUAGUAUGCUGAAGUUGUGGAACCUAGAAGAGAUUCUACAAGGUUCUAAUGGGAACUCGGGGAACGCAUCUGGAGCUGCAGGAGACAGUGACAGUGACAACGAUGGGAUGGACCUUGACAAUGAUCUUCCCAAGUCUUCCAAAGGCACCAAUAGGAAAACAAAAAGUAAAUCGAAUACUCUGGACUCUACAAAUAAUUUCUUCGCAGACUUGUAGAUUUUGUUUCAGAUUCAGUUUGGAAAGUAUACCAGUUUCAUACUUGGGAUUGUCUACUUGAUUCUGACAGUAUUGUUAAGGACCGACUUCAUCUUUUCUCAGUGAUCUCUUUACUAUUACUACUAGUAUUUAUUCAUUACUGUAAGACUAUGAAACUCCAUAGAGAAUUAUAUUUAUGUGGCAAUC